UUUUUUUUUUCUUGAACUUUUGUCGCGUGCAGCUUCUCACGAUCGGAUCUAAUUGGUUGGCACCUGCUUCUAUCCAUUUACUUAUAUUUACCUUCUCCUUCUUCUGCUGUUGUUUGUUCUCCUCGCACAAAAACAUUGUUUUCGCUUCAAUUCAGCUUUGCAGCACCUUGGGAUUAUAGCAAGAUGGCCAAGGAACGAGCUGAGAAGCUCCACAAGAAGGCUGAAAAGCCCGAGAAGAAGGUCUCCAAGGACAAGGUGAAGAAGCAGAAGAAGGAGAAGAAGUCGAAGCGUGUAGAGACGCCCGAGGACUCGGACAACGAGCCCAGCAAGCUACAAGAUACCCCGGCGGCAGCUGAGGAAUCUUCGGCCGAGUCCGCACCAGAGGCCAAGCUUAAGAAGGAGAAGAAGCGACCAGACAAGAAAGCCGAGAAGUCCAAGAAGAAGGAAAAGAAGUCCAAGAAGGCCGCCCUCGAGGAAGCGGUAGCCGAUGGCGCAUCCAACGACACCAAACUUCCCGUGCGCCCCAUCUCCAAAGACUCAGAUUCCGAUUCCGAUUCCUCGGACGACGACAACGGCCCAGCUCUCUUCACAAUCGACACGAAGCCCACGCCCAUCGACCCUAACACCAUCCCUCAAAAAGCCGACGCAGCAGACGAAGACGACGAGACGUAUCUCUCGGACGGCGAACCCAAGGGCCCGAGCAAGAUAAAGCCGCCGACGGGCCUAAACCGCCAAGCGCGCCGCCGCAUCCGCAUAAUCGAGCGGCAGCGCGAGAAGAUCACCAAGGAGCUCGGCGCGGACGCGGGCGCGGACGACGUCCAGGCCAGGCUGGACAGGUGGGUCGAGGACUACGACAGCAAGGCGGCCGCGCGCAUGGACAAGAAGAAGCGCCGCAAGGACAAGGAGGCCGCGCGCAUCCGCAACAAGAAGGGCAAGCUGCUGACUGGACGUCGUCUUAAGGAGCGCAAGAAGGUGCUGGAUAAGAUGGAUAGGAAGGCUUCUAAGAGACAGGGCCUUUCUGCGCAGAAUGCGGCGUGAUUAGGCAUCUUAGGUGGCUAUCUACCUGGGGUUUCCUUACUAAGUACCUACCUGCUACGACCGGGGCAUUUCUUCCCGGGACGAUUCUUCUGAGGCGUUGGGCGUGGAAUGUUAAAAGCUUGUUUUGCUCGUCUGUGCAUGUUUAUGAUGGUUCGUUUAUGACUUCUCGGUAUUACGGCAUGGUUAUGAGCAGACUCCGAAGAAGGUCAAAGUUUUUA